AUGCCUGCAAGCCAGAUUGCUUCGCCCAUGCCAAUUCCUCCCCAGCGGAGGAAUUUGCGUCUGAUGACGGGCCAUGAUCUCUACAACAGUCUCAACGCAAGUCUCGCCUCAACCACCCACCGCCCAGUGACGCCCGUUCGUAUGAUCCGCGAGAACGACUACAGCGUACCCGCCCCUCCACCACCAAGCCCAGUCUCUUUCGCUGCGGAACACUGGCAGUCAUCGAUCCGCCGCUAG